CUUCUUCUCAUCUCCCCUUUAUUAUUUUCUUCCUUCCUUGUCCUUGUUGCUUCUCUCUUUCCUCUCCUUUUAUUAUUUCCUUCCUCUCCUUUUCAUCACCCAUUUCCUUGUGUCUCCCACCCUUUCUCUCUCUCUCUCUCUCCCUUUAAUUCUUCGUUUCUGGGUUUUCUGUGAAACUCUCUCUCUGAUCUGAUGAAGAAGAUGAAAGGGGUUGUGCCUGUGGAGCCUUCUUCCUAUGCUCUGUAUCAGGAUUCCAGGGCCAAGUUUAAGCAUCAGAGUCUUAUGCAAGACUAUGAGGAGCUCCAGAAGGACGCAGAGGCCAUGAAGAACAGAUUGGAGAUGAUGAAGCAGAAAAAGUCUAUCCUUACGGCCGAAGUCAGAUUUCUAAGGAGAAGAUACAAGUACUUGAUUGGGAAGCAGUCCAUGAACCCUAAACCGAAGCAGGACCUUGUGCAAACACACAAUUUGAAAGUCCAGCGUAACAAUGUUUCAAAGGGAAAGAAUUACAGUAAGAAGGAAUCUGCUUUGAGAUAUCCUGCUCCUGCAAUGGAUUUGAACCAAAGGGUACGAAUUAAAAGUGCAAUCGAUGUCACCUUGCAAAAAUCUACUCCAAAUUCUGACUUGAACCAUAAGGCAAGGAAUGUCAACUGGAAGGACACUACUCUGCAUAACUCAAAUCCAGUUAUUGGUUUGAAUCAGAAGGAAAGGAUUCAGAGUGGGAAGGAAUCAGUCAAGCGAAAAAAUACUCCAGUUUUUGACUUGAACCAAGUUUCGCUAGAGGACGAGGAGGAAAUUCAAGCUAAUUGUGAGCCAUUGAGGACUGACGAGCCAAACAAAAGUAUCCUUAGAGGGGGAAUUGAUGAGCAGCACAAUGAUAUGAAGUUGCUGGUUUGCAGGACUAUCGGAAAUGGGUCGAACCGAUCAGGAAAGAGGAAGAUUACUUGGCAAGAUCAGGUGGCCUUGAGGGUUUGAUUACUUUCUUCUUGGAGAAUUAGUACACAUUAAGAGGAUGAUAUAGGGUUGAAACGUUUGCCUAGCCUUGGCAGGCUAUAGUUUAACUACUAUUCCUGUUUGAUUUCUAGUUUCUUGCCCUUUUUAGUUUUACGUUUCUUCGUUGUAAAUUAAACAUAGUUAACACAUAAUGAGUA